AUGUCGCUUUCCAGACUCCACUCACUUGCAGAUUUUCCAACUCUUGGCCGGAUGUUCUGCGGCGAGUGCGGCCACCGCUGGGAGCCCGACGAAAUCGCCAACGCGCGCUUCUGCGCCGACUGCGGCGCCCCUCGGGAGGACGCUCCUCCUGUACCUCCUGCGCCUCCUUUGCCUCACACUUCGAGCUUCACUGCUUCGUCGUACGCGGCCCCACCAUCGACUGCUGCCACCAAAUCCAGUGCUGUCCAGUUUCCACCAUAUCCCAGUUCAGGGGCACCAGUGAUUCCAUCAUCAUCUGGUUCGACUUCAGCGUCAAGUUACGGUGCGCUGCCGUCUUCCGGACCUUCAGCUCCUGUCAGCCUCAAGUGUGCGCAAUGCGGGGAAUUGUUUGGAGACUCCACCGUCUCGUUCUGCGGCGAGUGCGGCGCCCAUCGCCCUGCAGCCGCCACAAAAGCCCCAAGUGGGGAGAUGGAGAACCUCUUCAGCGCGGCUUCGACGUCGUACACAGCUUUAGCUCCGGGGGCUACAACGCAGUCUGGAGGGUACCAAAAGAGCGUCUCCUUUGCAUCGCCUAGUGUGAGCUGCACGCCGCCCUACGCUGCAUCACCUACAUUAGCAGCUUCCAAUCCACCUUCUGCCACCCAAGACCCGUACGCUCCACCUGCUGCCUCUCCUACAUACACCCCGUACACCCCACCUUCGUCCAACCCGUACACCCCACCUGCGUCCAACCCGUACACCAUAUCACCUACAGCCUCUUCUGCGUCCAGCCCGUAUGCCCCGCCCGCUGCCUCUUCUACGUACGAUCCGUACGCUCAGCCACAGACAUCAGCACGAUUGGCUGAGCCGCCGGCCUCGGUGGACGUGCAAGCUGCUGCCGCGUCUGGUAGCAGUAUCAGCAAAUUGCUGGCAAAUCUUUCAGUCAGCACGAAGUCCGAAGGGGAGAGAGAAGAACCGGAUGGAACGGGUGCCGGGAUUCAUGUUCGACAAGUCGUUCGUGCGCGAAACAUGGAUUCGCUCAGCACGCGAUUGGAAAUUUCGAGUGCUGUCGAACGUAACCGCGUUGAUCCCCAGGAGCGCAGUGAAGGGUACAACGUGACGAAGGUAAAUGAGACGAUCACGGUGGUGCAGAAUGAACGUGCGGAUCCGGUCGAGGAGCGCUACUACAAUCAGCAUACGCUACCGGACAACGGUGAGUGGCUGCAAAUUUUGCGCAAGAGCCGACAGACUGGAUCAAAGUUCACGGACCCACAAUUUCCACCGGACGCGUCUUCAAUUUUUCGUGAUGUCAACAAUCCAAAGUAUCCGCAUCUACUGGAGUACGUCCGGAAGUGGAAACGUGUGACAGAAUUCUUCAGCGAGACGGCGCACGUUGAGAUCACGAUGUUAGAUGACGCAAAGAAGCUGGUGUGCAGCAUGUCUAUCAAAAGCCCAGCUGAGACUGAAAGUAUUUUGAGUGUGAUCCGUCAGAAUCCGACCCCAGUCGAUGCGCAGUUUUUGAGAAUCGCCAAGGAAGCAGUGAUAACGGGUGUCACGAAACGCAAGCGCGAUCACCUGAUGCUGCUCACGAAGAACAUGAUUGUGCACAUGAGCGAGUUUGUGCAGGAUGGACUUCAGCGCUUCGAGUUGAUGUGGGAAAAAAGCUUGCUUGAUCACUACAAACCGCUUGCAUUUUCCAGCGUCGGGGAUGGAUCGGGCUACCGUGUUGAUGGAUCUGAGUCCGGUGUAGUAUCUCGCGUCUCUAUUUUGGUGCCCGUCUACUUUCAUGCGCAGGGCACGUGCCUUUUCGACCGUUCGCGCGAGUCCAAAGCUGCCAGUCGUAUCUCAGGAGUGGGUAUAGGCCCUGGGGAAUUGCGCAUAGGAAGACUCGCUGAUGCUUAUGUGUUUGGCGCACUAUCGAUGUUGUCUACCUCACCGCUCGCGUUGUCACAAGCGUUUCCCGAGCUGAGCGACGACUUGGUGCGUCCAGACCGCGUCGAGAUUGGCACCGCGUACCCGAAGGAACAACAGUACAAUGAAGAAGGUGUGUACGCUGUUCGCUUUUGGCGUAACAAUCGCAGCCGUGUGGUUGUUGUUGACGACUUCAUUCCGUGCAGCCAGUACGGCAAGCCUGUCUUUGGCUCUUUUACAGGAAGCAAUGGCAAGUUUGAGAUAUGGUCGCUACUCGUAGAGAAGGCGUACGCAAAAUUGCAUGGCGGAUACGAGGCAAUUGUCGGUGGCCAAGAAGGCUACUGCAUGCAGGAUCUCUUUGGUGGCGUGCCUGCGCGAUACACGUUGCAGGAGAAAUGUUCGGACGAAGAUAGCGCGUGGCGAACAAUGAUCAGUGUGCUUCAGUCAGGUUCCCUUGUGGGAUGCAGCAACGAAAAUACGGCCGCCGAAUUGCCUACAGGACUUCUCAAGACUCACGCCUACGGUAUCAUGAAAUUAGUAGAGCUAGAUUUCAAGGGUGUGCCCACUCGCUUGAUUCAGCUGCGCAACAGUUGGGGCAUUGGAACGCACCAGCAACCAGAGAAGUGGAAGGGUUUCUGGUCCAAUGAAGAUCCGAAAUGGCAUGACUUUUCCCGUAUGCAGAAGGUGGACUGCGGAUUCCAGUUUCGCGAAGAUCACACGUACUGGAUGGAUUUUAGCGCUUUCUACUGUUUCUUCACGACUAUCAUCGAAUCGCGAAACCUGUACAAUUUCCGUUCUCUUCCAGACGGCAUUGGUAAUCCGAUUGCCCCAACUUUAAGCAUCCACAUUGUGUCAGGAGAGUGGAAUGGUAUCACGAGUGGUGGGCGAGACGCCAUGCACUUGAAUCCGCAAGUGCAGCUCUUCUCCCCAGCUAGGAGCGGCUGCGAUCUUGUUGUCCAUCUGGAGCAGCCGUCGCGCCGACUGAAGAUGGAUACGGAAUAUACAAGUUACAUAGCGCCCGUCGUUGUGAAGAAUGGUGAGCGACGGCAGCGCAAAAUUGAUCUUUUGCAGGAUGUGCUGGCUACAGGUACCUUCAUCUCGAGCCGUAGCUGCCUCCUGGAGAUAAAGCUGGUACCCGACGAAGGUGGCAAGCCAUUUGUGAUCAUACCUGCGACUUACGAUGGUAGUCUACCGUAUCAAUUAGGUUUCUCAAUGACGUUGUUUACGUCGAAGCCGACGGCUGUGGUGCCUGUCUCGGACACGGGCUCAAUUCCCGUCUGCUGCAUUUGCCAGAAAGCACUAGCAGGUACUUUCCGUACGUUCACUCAUGAGCAAGAUGGUCAGAUGAAAGUAGACCGCGUGUGCCAAGGUUCGUGUGUGGAUGCUUACCGCGAGCGCAACACCCCUGUGUGCGUGGAUUGUCAUCAGCGCAUCGAGGUAGUGGAAGGUCAAUUCUCUGGCCGUAUGUUUACUCUUCCUGAUGGGUCUAGCGUGCACGCUGAGUGUAUUGAUGCUUACCAAAUUCGAACGUCCGAGAAGUGUAUCCAUUGUGGUCAUGCGAUCGCUGCUAUUCCUGGCCAGUUUGACGGCAAGUAUUACCAGGUUACUGGAGGCAAAUGUCACGGAGAGUGUAUGGAGGCGUAUCAGCUAGCCACUGCCCAGCGCUGUGUGCGCUGUAGCGAGCCUGUGGUCAAGAUUCCUGGCAAAUUUGAUGGCCGCUUCUACAAGAUCGAGGGCGACCGUCUUGUGCAUUUCGAGUGCUGGAAGCUGUACCAGCAGUCCGUGGCGCCCAAGUGUGUGCAUUGUGUGCAGCCGAUUUUGCAGAUUCCAGGGCGUUACGACGGGCGCUUUUACGAGCUGGCCAGUGGCAUUGGUAAGGUGCACUUUGAGUGCUGGAGCGCCUACCAAACGCUGGCGACCGGAUCGAUGUGA